CAGGGACGAUACAUGAUAGUGAUAGCACGUAGUACCGAUAGCUGCCGCCACCACCACCGUCUCCGCAGGUCGUUCAUGGCGGAGAUCCUCUUUGCUGGGCACCUCGACCUCCGACUUGGCCCCGACUCCUUCAAGCUCUCCCCUCAUCCUCCAACGCCCCUCCGUCUCGGUCGCUUGCUCUCCAGACCGCCUUCGCUGCCUCUGCCGAGGUCCAGGACCGUGACGAAGCCCCUCUCUAGAUCCUUCUCCGAGAUACUAUCCGUCACCGAGUGCUCCGACGGCAGCACCAUCUUCCGAUUUGGUGAUGCGACCGAGGUGAAGCGGGACGAGGUUGCUGCUUCUGGAAACUGUGUUCUUGAGAAGGAUGUGGAAAUCUCGGGGAAAGCGGACGCGAAAGAUCCAACGGAAAAUGAUUCUUGUGAGAUGAGCCAAGAAACACCAAAACGAUCCGAUCUUGAGAUGAAGGGAUUGGAACCAGUCGUAAUUGGUGACCUAACAGCUGAAGGAGUCUACAGUUUGGGUCGGACAUACCGGGAACCGGUCGAGAUGGUUCCAAAAAUUGGAGCUGGGAUCUGUUUGGAGGAGACUGCGGUAGCCAGUGAAGAAAAGAUUACUGUUACCGAGGUAGAGAAGCCAGAAGCAACCAGGGAAUCUUGUGGUAACGGAGAAUUGAAGGGGUUGGCCGCACAACUAAGCCAAGAAAGCUGUGUCUCUGCAAUAGAUGAUGUUGAAUCUUUGAUAGAAGAUGAGGAAGAGGAUGUAAACUCCGUGGAUGUUGGCAAUAAGGUUGAUGAAGCAAAGUGUUGUGUUGAGUGGACAAACAUAUUAAUAGGACAUGCUUCUGGCAAUGACGAUAAGGUAGUACGAGAUAUUGAUUCGGACAUUCAUGUUUCACCAGAAGAUCAGGUUGUUCAGUCUCUGGAUGAAGAUUCUGAUUCUGCUUUGAGAGCAUCAGUGAGAUCAGUUUGUCCGGCUAAAUGCAUGGAUAUGGAGGUGAAUUCUGUCAGUGAAACUUCACAAUUAUCGAGUAGUUCUUGUAAAACUACUCGAGUAGUUCGAGUGGAAAACUCGGGUAAAGCGGACGCGAAAGAUCCAACGGAAAAUGAUUCUUGUGAGAUGAGCCAAGAAACACCAAAACGAUCCGAUCUUGAGAUGAAGGGAUUGGAACCAGUCGUAAUUGGUGACCUAACAGCUGAAGGAGUCUACAGUUUGGGUCGGACAUACCGGGAACCGGUCGAGAUGGUUCCAAAAAUUGGAGCUGGGAUCUGUUUGGAGGAGACUGCAGUAGCCAGUGAAGAAAAGAUUACUGUUACCGAGGUAGAGAAGCCAGAAGCAACCAGGGAAUCUUGUGGUAACGGAGAAUUGAAGGGGUUGGCCGCACAACUAAGCCAAGAAAGCUGUGUCUCUGCAAUAGAUGAUGUUGAAUCUUUGAUAGAAGAUGAGGAAGAGGAUGUAAACUCCGUGGAUGUUGGCAAUAAGGUUGAUGAAGCAAAGUGUUGUGUUGAGUGGACAAACAUAUUAAUAGGACAUGCUUCUGGCAAUGACGAUAAGGUAGUACGAGAUAUUGAUUCGGACAUUCAUGUUUCACCAGAAGAUCAGGUUGUUCAGUCUCUGGAUGAAGAUUCUGAUUCUGCUUUGAGAGCAUCAGUGAGAUCAGUUUGUCCGGCUAAAUGCAUGGAUAUGGAGGUGAAUUCUGUCAGUGAAACUUCACAAUUAUCGAGUAGUUCUUGUAUGGAUGAGUCAGAGGGUGAAUCAAGCUAUGGAACUCAAGUAGAAAAGGCACCAGAAUAUAGUGAAGGGAGAACCUCUGAUAUGGACAUUGACUUUGGAGAUAACUCACUUGAUGAAAUGACUUUUGAUGCAACUAAAGAACAUAAGGAAUCAAGAAGCCCUGAUAUGGAUGACGAGGUGAAAGAUGUUCAUGGUGAUGGAAUGCUCCAACAUAGUGGUAGUUUUGAGAAUCUAGAAAUUCCAGUUCAUGAGACUAUUCAAAUCAUGGAAGCCCAAUUUGAAGAUAUCGGGGCUUCACAAGUGUCUAAGGCAGCUCAGGACAUCACUGAUGUGGAUGUGGAAUUAAUCUCUUCUUAUGCAGAUGACCAUGGGGACAGCAAUACUGUUGAAAGCUUAGUCAAAGCUGAAACCAUUGAUGGAAUGAAACAAUAUGAGAAUGCUGAAGUUGCAGGUUAUAAUAGGGUGGACCAGGUACCAGCACACUUGCUUUCCUUGUCUUCUGGAGCUGCAAUCUUACCUCAUCCUUCAAAGGCAUUGACAGGUGGUGAAGAUGCGUACUUUGUGGCUUUGAAUAACUGGUUUGGUGUAGCUGAUGGAGUCGGACAGUGGUCCCUAGAAGGAAUCAAUGCGGGAUUAUAUGCCAGAGAACUGAUGGAGAAUUGUGAGAGAUUUGUCUCAAAAUAUGAAGGAACUAAACCAGAUGAAAUCUUAACCAAGGCUGCCGCUGAAGCAAGUUCUCCAGGCUCGUCCACGAUUUUGGUUGGUUAUUUUGAUGGACAGGUUCUUCAUGUAGCUAAUAUUGGAGAUUCUGGAUUUAUUGUGAUAAGGAAUGACACAGUUUUCAAAAGGUCUACUCCGAUGGUUUAUGGGUUUAACUUUCCCUUCCAGAUUCAGAGGGGUGAUGACCCUUCGAGAUACAUUGAGAUGUACCAAAUUAACUUGCAUGAAGAGGAUGUUGUUGUGACCGCAACUGAUGGCCUGUUCGACAAUCUAUAUGAGCAUGAAGUAGCAGACAUUGUGUCAAAAUCGCUGCAAGCGAGUCUGAAGCCCAGGGAAAUCGCAGAGAUCCUAGCAACAAUGGCACAGGAAUUGGGGAGAUCAGCAUCAGCUAGAAGUCCAUUUGCAGAUGCAGCCCUUGCAGCUGGGUAUCCUGGCUUCACUGGAGGUAGGUGGACCAAAAUUUGAGCUCAACCACUGUAGCUGUGGAAGCAUGGGAAGCUGUCAUCUUCAUUCAGUCCAAAUUGUGCUUUUUUUUUUAUACGUGUCUUUCUAAUGCGUUCAUUUGAGAAAUGAGUUAGGCAAGGUGCGGUUCAAAGAUUAAAUUGAGAACUCUUUGCAAUGGGUAUAUAAAGGAGAAGAAAAUGGUGUGUUUUUUAAA